AUUCCUCUGCGUCCUGCGCUUCUGGCCGUGUCCAGCUGCGUCCGGGUAGGGGUCAUGGCUGCAAUUUUUUCCUCCUGCGGCAUAUGGAUAUGGUUCGCUUUAGCUUUCGGGCUCCGACAUUUUAGCUUCCCUAGUAUGGGGCUCCUCCCAAGACAACAACGUAGACUCCGACAUUUUAGCGUGUAAGCAGGAUGUAUGUGAAGCCUUGCAAGUGUGAGUUGUAGCAUUCGGGUUUGGAAUUCUGGGGCAUUACGUUUGUAAAUAGGAUGCAUAUCAAGCCUAGAGUGUGGGUUAUAGCAAUAAUGCUUGGAGUUCUAGGAUAUGGAGUUUUGUCAUGUGCCAUCAGUUUAGGCUAGAGAUUUCUGUGCAAAUAUGUUGAUGCCCAGCUUAUGACGGAGUUGCGUACUUUGUAACAAGUUUGAGAGAUUGAUGUGCUUUCUUGGAAAUUGAUACUGAAGCCAUACACCGAGGGUACAUAGUUUUGCGUAGCGGAAAAUUCCUUAGCCAACUGAUAUAUCUCUUCUGUUCUGUGUCUGCAAUGAGCAACCAGGGUUUCCUGAAACUAGUUUGAUCAGGAAUGAAGGGGUUCAAUUAAGUAUGGAAUGAAGCCUGGCUUGUCCAAUUUGAUGAAAUGAUGCUCUCUAAUUAGCAGCUAACCUUCUGAUGAUACUGUCCAGUUUCACCAUUUAUAUUAGAUUCUUGCGCUCUCAGUAGUUCUUGAUACUUUCUUAUCCUGCAAAUUGCUUCAAGUGUUUGGCUAACUUGUGUGUUAUUUUGUCUACUUUGCUUUCCUCCUUGGUGCUUGAUGCUGCUGCCCUGCCAUCCUACUCUUGGCGUGCGUCUUUACAGUGCUCGCUGGACUUGCGUGUAUGUUCUCCACGAGCGUUCUUUUGCAAAUCCUGGCAUGUGCUUUGUACAACAACUGGUGGCCUAUGUUAGCAGCACUCAUGUAUAUCAUUGUGCCAAUGCCAUGCCUGUUCUUUGGCGACGGAUCCACACGGUUCUUGAGUAGCGGAGAGGGUGGAGCAUGGAUGAAAGCAGCAAAGUUCCUGACCGGCAUGUCUGCCAUGGGAAGCCUCGCAAUCCCGGCGAUCCUGAGGCACGCUGGCCUGAUCGAGACGGGGGCCAUGUUCAUCGAGUUCACCUCCUUCUUCAUCCUCGUGUGCACGGUGCUGUGCUUCCACAGGGCCACCCUGGACGAGGAGUGGUAAAGGCUCGCGCAAAACCACAAGGAGUGCCCUAGAGAAGAACGUCUGUUAGGAUGUCGAAAGAAAUCCCUUGGUGGGAGGGAGCUAACGUGGAACUGUGUACAAAGAAGCGCGCAUCAAGCGCUUGACCACUGUAUUUAUGUAUACGCGUACCCGAGAUAAUCUAGUUGGUAAUCCGCGUUGAACCGGUCGUGUAAAGCAUAUGAUCUGGCGCAGUUGAUAGACGCAAAGCUGUCUUUUCUAUGGUUGGUUUGCCACUUGUGCAUUCAGAAUCUGCACUUGCAGCAUGGUACAAACUAUUGGAUGGAAUGAAGCGACAAGGUUUUGUUUGGA